AUGCUCAGACAUCCGUGGAAGAUCACCAUCCAAAAUUACACAAAAAAGAGAGAAACGAAGAAGAAAAGGUCUUCAAUGGUUGCUUCUGAGCCUCCAAAGUUGUCUUCUCCUUAUGCUCUUCAAUUUCCCUCUAGCUCAAUGACAGUGAAAGCUGAUAGAGAAGGGGGCAGGCCACUUGAAUUUUCCAUUGAAAAGUUAGAUAUCAAUGGUUUUACCGCAGAUCAGGUUUGGGGCAGAAGCAAAUUUAUGCCACCAUGCAUUUUUCAUGCAUAUACUCCAGACCAACCUGCCUCAUCUGGUGAAACUCAGAAACCAUCAGCUCAGAAGAAAACGUCUUUAAUCUUUAUUUGUGUUCCGGUUAGUCCUGGUAAAAGUAGAUUAAUAUGGUGCUUCCCAAGAAACUUCGGAUUGUGGAUGGACAAAAUUGUACCACGAUGGAUAUUUCAUGUGCGACAAAACCUGGUUCUAGAUUCAGACCUAUAUCUCCUCCAUGUUGAGGAACAAAAAAUAAUGGAUAUUGGUCCAAACAAUUGGCAAAAAGCCUGUUUUGUGCCAACAAAGUCGGAUGCCAUUGUUAUUGGUUAUAGAAAGUGGUUGAAGAAGUAUGCAGGUGGUCAGGUUGAUUGGAGAGGAAAAUAUGGUGGGGCUCUUCUGUAA